GCUCUGCAUCUGUGUCUAACAAAGGCAAACUGCUUGGGCAAGUUUCUCACAGGGAGCUGAAGCUCAUUCCCCUGUGUGCUGGGCUCUUGUGCGAGGCUCUAGCAAAAUUCUCCUGGGCAUUUCUCUUUCCACAUAGCAUCUUAAGGAAUGGAGAACUGGGAGUGUGAACUUUGAAACUAGGAAGAAAGAAGUAUAAGGGAUACAGGAUUUCUGGUGCUCCAGUACAGUGACAGACAGCCUUGGUUUUGCCAUGCCUAUGGACAGCUUUGAGGAGCUGCACAACAAGCUCCGGGAGCUCCACGAGAAGGAGAUACACAGUUUGCAAGCAAAGGUUACAGAGCUGACCAUGGAAAAAUGCUGUGACUCACAGAGAAUAGAGGAUUUAUUCAAGAAAAACCAGCAGCUACGAGAACACCAGAAGAUGCUUCAUGAGAAUGUCAAGCUGUUGGAAAACAGGUUACGAGCUGGUCUGUGCGACAGGUGUACUGUCACUCAAGAUGUGGCUAAGAAGAAGCAGCAGGACUAUGAGACUUCUCAACUACACAGUCUCCAGCACAUUACCAUUCUGGUCAACGAGAUGAACGUGUUGAAAAAGGAAAACAAAAAGCUUCUGGAAGAGGUCAAGAACCUCAGAAGCAUGUUGGAACAUCCCAAAGCACCAAUCCCAGGAUGCAGCUCACAGACAGACGUAGCCAAACAGACGUUAGAGGAAAGGGCUGUGAGGCUGCAGUUCCCCAACAGUCUUGAGAAAAGAUGCCACCAGCAACUAUCAGAGGGAGGGACAUCUGGAUAUAGAAAGCCAACAACUUGGAGCGGACAUGAAACUCAAGUAACUGUUGAUCAGAAAACCGAUCAAGAAACUGACAGUAAGAACACCCAGCUGGUUUCGAAUCACCUCCACCGGACCAUUGCAAUGAUGACAUCUUGCAUGAGAACAGAAAGUGCCAGAGCAAGCCCAGGGGCAGAGAACAGGAAUGAAAGCAAGGCAAGAGUUAAGGGUUCAGAGAAGCCUGAGAGACAUGAAGUGGUUUCCCCACCAGCAGUUAGAAUCAGGAUCCCAACAGAAGAGAAACCCCACAUCCUCAACGCGCAACUGGCAUACCGUGCUCACAGCGAACAAGCACUCCGACUCAAGCUGGACUGGAGUAGCAGACGUCAAGAAAAGCUUGGAGAUCACAAGCCGGCAGUGGAUUGUUAUGAAAGUGUUUACUACAUUAAGGGCCGUAGUGAGGAGUGGACUGUACCACAACACUUCCAUGCCGACGUGGACCCAAAGAAAGGAACGAUCAACAACGCAAGUCCAGAACAUUUCUGGCAUGAAAAUAAGUUUUACCAGCCGGCACCCAGUGGUCUCAGCAAAACCCACAAGGGUGAAAAUAAUAGAACUGAUGGAAUUCUGACACGGGAAGAGAGAAGCCGGCCUUUAAAUCACAACGGAAGUGAUCAGAAGACAGAAACGGCCGGAGCACCUUUAGAUCUAUCCGAUUACAGAAGAUCCAAAGAUCAGGGCCACCCCAGCAUGAAGGCUGAGGCCGGCGCAGAAAGCCCAAGAUCCACAUUAGAGUCAGGGGAACUACAGGGAGCUGAGUCCAACAACUCGUCUCAUCUUAGAGCAGUCAAGCGGUCCCAUAGUGACACAUCGUCCAGUGUUGACCCAGACCAAUCGCCAGUGUCUUCUCACUCAGUUGCCAGUCACCACUUCCAUCACGCAGACGAUGGAGACAACGAGGACAGCUCAGAUCAAAAUGAAGAAAAGGACAUCGGAAUUUCAAAACAGUCAAGAAAGGAAAAUGAAGAAAUGAAGCAGAAUUUAGGAAAAGCACUUUACCCAGUCGUAGUCUUGAAAAUGCUGAAGACAGAAACAGAGGCUCCAGAGUCAUCGGACAGCAAGAGGGGUGCUGCUGAUGAGUCUGAAGAGCCAAAUUGCUCCGAAGGGAACGAGAAGGAAAGAAAGAAAAGGAAAAGAGGCGAGGGGCAGGGCAAUGUAGCUUUGGACUGAGGAGACACAUUCUCUACGCCAUUAAAGAAAGUUUGCCCUCGGAAAUGAAAGCUGCCCUCAUUCUUCCCCGUGGAGCAGUUCCCAGUGCCACACCCACUGAAAGCAGUUGCAACCAUUGGAAUUUGAUAUGCUGUAUCUGGACAUCACCAUGGAUACAAUAGAAUGUGUUCUUGAGGGGCCAAAAGCCAGACUCACAGUAUGCCUGCCAUAGCAUAAAUUCAGGGCCAGACUGACUGGUCCAAUGAAUUUGCUUGCCUCAAAAGUGUCAUAAAUGAGUUUACUAAUUAUUCUAGUUAAAAUGUACAUCAAUGUGUUUUAUAUGCUAUGCGUUGAAAAUCUUUGCAGGAAGUUGUUUCAUCGAAUGUUUGUCCAAAGAGUCUGUGGUGAUGUGUUACCUGCUUCAUGUGAGAAAACAUAAAUGAAUUUCCUCUAAAGUAAAUGUAGACACAAUGGGUCGUAUUUAUUAAACUUUAAAAAGGAUUAGAAGUCCAUUCUCUUUUUCCAAAGCACUAUUUAACGUCAGAGCAUGUUCAUAGACACUAUUCAAAUAUAAUUCCGCAAAACAAUCAUUUUGUGAAUAGGGCCCAAUAUUUAUAUAUGUAAAUAAUAAAAAGGAAGAUAUUCAUACUGCAUUUCCAAAUGCAAACACAUUUUGUUUUAUAAAACUUCUUUGAAAGCACAGGUCUCCUCUAUUGUUUCACAUAAUACUUCCUGAUUCAUAAUUAAACAGGACUCUCUCUCUCUCUCUCUCUCUCUCUCUCUCUCUCUCUCUCUCUCUCUCUCUCUCUCUCGCUCAAGUUCAAAUACUUUAUAUAUAUAUAUAGUCACUAGUGACCCUAAAACUUGUCUUCCCUUGUACAAGGUGCGAGCACCUUUUUUUGAGUGAAAGGUGUAUGCAGCAGAGAAGGAUGGCUCUUUGAUAGAAACAGCUUAAUUUAUUAGUUUUUUGCAGGUAUCAGGCUUUUAAAGACUGUCGCCCACACCUGAGGUGGCUUUGACAGACUCACUGAGAGCAGAAACUGACCCAAGACUGUCACCGCUACUGGAAGCAGGCUGAUCUUUGGGAUACAAAUUGAACAUUUGUAAAACUGCAACAAAUAUUGUAAUGACUGUAAUGUAUUUUAAAGAAUAUAAAGUCAGCAGAAAUAUUAAAUAAAUUGUUAAAACACACUAUUCAGAAAAAAAUGUUAUAAUGUACUCUGUAUUAGUUUAUGAGAAUAUUGCAGGAUUCUAUAUUCCUGUUUAUUCUAAUAUAACAGUAGAACAAUAUUAUUAGUGAAUGUGUAAGGUUGAAAAGAGAGCUCCUGGUAUCAAAAGGUCAGGCUGGCCUACUGAAAGUUCCAAACUUCCCUUAUGAGGCAAAAGCAUCUUUUUAAUUUGACUCAGAACCUCAAACAUUCUGAUCCAGCGAGAACAGAAUGACAAACUCUAUGGAGCACAGUUAAUAUGCCAGAAACAAUUGAACUAAAAUAGGUUUGUGGUUCUCCUAUAGUAAGAAAAAAAAAGUAUUUAAAUAAAUAAGAAACCUAAUAUAAUAACCUUAAGUAAAUGCAUGAGGAUGCUAGGUGCCUAAUUAAAAUUAAUCUCUUGCCUUCUGUGUAUAUCAAUGGAGUAAAAUAAAAUGACAAUUUAUAACAGAGACUGCUAUAUUGAAGUAUCUGAAUUAGAAAUACAUGUUAUAAAAUCAUUUAAAGUUAAACUGUUAUACAAAUAAAAUUAAGUUCAGUACUAACUGACAAUGUCACAAUAUUGUAAUAACUGUACUGUGUUUUAAAGCAUAUACAACCAGUAGAAAUACUAUUAAAGCUAAUUAUGAG